AUGUCAGUGCUGGGCGGCCAUGACGCUUCUUCCCAUUUAGCUACUGAAUCGUUCUUAUCUUUGACGACACGUGUAUUACAAAUAAUGUGGUUAGCAAUCGCACUGUCACUUCUGGCAGGGUGGCUUCUGUAUAAAUAUUAUAUUUCUGUUUACGACCUCUUCAAGAAGAGGGGCAUUCCUUAUUACCCCUCUAAGUUCCCAUAUGGUUGCUCUUAUGAAAUUCUGGCCCAAUCAAAAUUUCUAGGCGACAUCCAUGAUGAGAUGUACAAAAAGUUAGCGCCUAAUCCAAUGUUUGGAUUUUUUGUCGUUAGAGUACCAAUGUUGCAAAUCAGAGAUCCGGAGCUUAUUCGAUUUGUACUUACAAAGGAAUUUUCACAUUUUCGAGACAGGAUGUUUAUUAAAUUAAGUGAAAAAGAUAUUCUCAAUCAACAUCUGUUCAAUCUUGAUGGCGAAAGGUGGAGAGCCUUACGUGUGAAACUCACCCCAACAUUUACAAGUGGGAAAAUGAAAGCCAUGUUCCCGCUCUUCGUCAACUGUGCUGAGGCCUUUGAGUCUUUGGUUGUGUCAAAAAUUGGUAGUGAUGUAGACAUCAAAGAUAUAGUAGGUCGACUUAUGACAGAUAUUAUUUGCAGCUGUGCUUUUGGACUUGAUACUAACACAAUAAAUGAGCCAGAUCAUAAGCUAAGGCAAAUCCCAGCCCAACUUUCUAAAAUGGGGUUUAUUGAUAAAGUGAUAAUAGCAAUCAUGCAAGCUAUGCCACAAGUUGCCAGCAAAUUUAAAGCCAGGUUCACUCCUCAAGAGCUUGAGGACUAUAUUGUAAAUCUUGUAGAAAACACAUUGGAGUACAGAGAAAAGAAUAAUAUUAAAAGAAACGAUUUCCUAGAUUUAUUAAUUGAGCUUAAGAAUAAAGGGACACUUGGAGAAGACAUGAGAGAUGAGAUAGAAGAACAAAAAUGUCAACCAUUUGAAUUUAAUAACGGUUUGAUGGCUGCACAGUGCUUUGUUUUCUUGUUUGCUGGUUUUGAAACUUCAAGUUCUGUACAGAGUUUUUGCCUCUAUGAAUUAGCAAUCAACCAAGAUAUUCAAGCUAGAGUAAAGAAGGAAAUUAAUGAAAUAAUUGAGAAACAUGGAGGACUAACAUAUCAAGCUGUGAAAGAAAUGGAGUACUUAGAUAUGGUCAUUUCAGAAACAAUGAGAAAGUAUCCUACCUUACCAAUAUUAAUGAGGUAUUGCUCAAAAUCUAUUACAACUCCAUAUGGUUAUAAAAUAGAGGCAGGUGACACUAUUAUAAUUCCUGUUUGGUCUUUACACCAUGAUCCUGAGUAUUACCCAAAUCCUGAGAAAUUCGAUCCAGAGCGAUUUUCAUCACAAAAUAUAGAGUCAAUCAAUCCGUACACUUAUCUACCUUUUGGAGAAGGGCCUAGGAUGUGUAUAGGUAUGAGAUUUGGAAAACUUCAAACUAAAGUAGGUCUUAUCACCCUACUAAGGAAUUGUCGAGUAGAGCCUUGUGGAGCAACCAAGAUACCUUUAGUAAUAGGUCCUUCUUCGAUGCUAACGAUGCCAAAGGAUCCAAUAGAACUGAAAUUAGUCCCUCAAUCUUCAUCUUAA